CAAUUUCUGUCGUUUGAUCAAGGUUUCCCUUAUACACGAAUACCGUGUGGAAUUCAUUCCUCAUUUUAAAAAUAAAAAUGAGGCAAACGCGACGAAACACCCUGACACCUGCUCCUGCUGCACCAAAGCAAAAUAAAAAGCGUCCCGCACGAUCUAAAGUCACAGAAGAAAAAGAAGAAGAUGAACCUGUCGAUUACGAAUCCAUGAAAUUGCCAGAACUGAAGAAAUGCUGCGAAAAUCUCGGCCUGGACUCAAAGGGCAAAAAAGCCGACCUCGUAAAACGCCUCCUCGACUCUUCAAAAGCAGCGAGUUCCCCGCAAAAAUCUAAACGCAGAAAGAAAACCGAAGAAGAACCCAAAGCCCAGGACAGCGUUCAAACUGCUUUCGAAGCCCUGAAAUCCCAGGGACCACAAAAACGCAAGAGCUUCAAAGUCGACGAAAAGUGUUCAAUCAACAACCAUGUUGACGUGUAUGAAGAUUACGAUUGCAUGUUGAACCAAACGAACAUCGGACAGAACAAUAAUAAAUACUACGUCGUUCAGUUGCUUCGAGGAAAAUCCGGUGGAAUGUACUGGACUUGGAAUCGUUGGGGACGAGUGGGUGAGCCAGGAGCUGUUUCCUUGAAAUCUUUCGGCUCGAAUCUGAAUGGAGCCAUCGCAGAUUUCGAAAAGAAAUUCAAGGAUAAAACUGGAAAUCACUGGGGCAACCGAGACAACUUUGUCCCCAUCGAUAAAAAAUACACAUUAUUGGAUAUGGGAGAUGAAGACGAAGACGAACCGGAUUCUUCAAAAGUUGAAAAAUCGUCGAAUGGAGCAAAAACAAAACCGUGUUCGUUGGAUCCUCACGUGAAGGAACUUAUGGAAUUGAUAUUCGACACUGACAUGUUUGCAAACACUAUGAAGGACUUGAACAUCGGCAAGUUUUUUCUGAAAUCAACUGCUGCCAAAAUGAAUGUCAAGAAAAUGCCACUGGGGAAACUGAGCAAGCAGCAAAUUGCAAAAGGUUUCGACGCCCUCGUUGAACUUGAAAACGCCAUCAAGGCGAAGAAGGUGUCGUAUUUUUUUCAUUUCAAUCACGUAAAAAAAUAUGAUUUUAAUUUUCACACUGUUCGAAAACAGGGAACAAAAGUUUACCAAGAGCUUUCGUCGAAAUUCUACACCCUGAUCCCGCAUGAUUUCAAACGAUCUCGACCUGAAACCAUCGAGACUGAGGAAAAGGUGCAAGCAAAGAAGGACAUGUUGAUUGUGCUUUCAGAUAUUGAAAUUGCACAAUCCAUUGAGAAAGAGCAAGAGGCGGAAAAGCAGAGCAAAAGCAGUGCAGAUUUGCCACCUCAUCCGCUUGAUGUGAAGUAUAAGAAGUUGGAUUGUGAUUUGCGCCGAAUUGAUCCAACUGAAAAGGUUUAUGAAAUCAUCAAGUGUUACAAAGAAGCUACGAACAAAAUUUGGAAGAUUCCAAUCGUCAAUAUCUACGAAAUGACAAGAAAGGGAGAAGUGACGAGAUUCAUGAGAAGCGACAGCAUUGCUUACAGAAAGCUUCUUUGGCAUGGAACAAAAGUUGCUGUAGUUGCUGCAAUUUUGCAAGGAGGACUGCGAAUUAUGCCGCACUCGGGAGGAAGAGUUGGCAGAGGAAUAUAUUUUGCGUCUGAAAACGAAAAAAGUGCUGGUUAUGUUGGGCCAUCUGGAGGUUGGGGAUGGGGUGUGGCAGCAAAUUCAGCCAAGUUGCAGCAGAAAAACAUUGGUAUCAUGUUUUUGGCAGAAGUCGCCCUCGGCAAGGAAAAAAACAUCACGAAAGAUGACCCUUCCCUCACUAAACCACCAGUUGGGUACGACUCAGUUGUGGCUCGAGGAUCUGGAGAACCAGUUCAUCCUCAUCAGCAGUCGUUUCUUCGCGGAUUUCCGGGUCGAAAUCUUGUCGUUUCGUCGUCCCGAGAAUCCAAAAGCAAAACCCACUGA